ACAGAGACAAGCACACAGGGUCCCUCCCACACACUGCCCCCUCCCUCCCCCGUGCCCAGCCUCUUAACACUGGUAGGAAGCAGAGGCUUCUGAGAAAGCAGAAGCGCUGAGCGGUGUUGGGCCGCCUCCCCUGGAGCGCAGCAUCCGCACCCAGGAGCCCUCGCCCGCCCGGCAGCAUGAGCAGGGACAGAUGCCAGGCCCCCGCGGCGUCCACCGUGGUCCACGUCCAGGAGGAGACCGUGCAGCCCGACCACGUCGUCUGGUCCCUGUUCAACACCCUCUUCCUGAACGUCUGCUGCCUGGGCUUCGCGGCCUUCGCCUACUCCGUGAAGUCUAGGGACAGGAAGAUGGCGGGCGACCUGGCGGGGGCCCGGAGCCACGCGUCCACCGCCAAGUGCCUCAACAUCCUGGCCCUGGUGCUGGGCGUCGUUUUCAUCGUCCUCACCAUUGUUGUGAUGCUGAAUCGUGAUUCCCGAUAAGGAUGGAGUCCAGGCCCACGGGGGAGCCGGAAUGGGCCCUGCCGCGGCCAUGCCCCUCCCCGCAGGCUGCACCCCCAGGCCCCCGCCCCCAGACACCCCCGCUGCCCCCCGGCUUCUCUGCUUGCUGACAAUAAAGAGCACGUGUGCGAC